AUGCCUGGCGCCAUGUCUCGCGCGCUUGCGCUGCUUGUCGCCCCGUGGGCGCCGGUGUCGGCGCUGGCCCUGCAGACGGAGGGCCACGGCCACUCCGAGCCCAAGAAGCAUGGCGCGGCGCACGCCCACGUCGCCAGCCACGGUCACAGCCAUGGUCACAGCCACGUACACAGCCACGGCCACGGCGCCAAGGGCCAUGGCCACAGCCAGGUCCAGGGCCACGGACAUCGAGGAACAAGCAACGGCAUAAACACAAACUCCCAGAGGUCUGCCCGGACUCCUUGGAUCGGCGCUGGAGCUCCCUGGCGGCGCCGCCGACGCCGCCCUUGGCGCGCUCCGCGCGCCAGGGAGGGAGGUCCAGCGCCGAUCCCAGAAAUCAGCGCGGACCUCCGAAAUAUUAUGGUUAUGUGA